AUGGCGGCCGAGGCGAGAGGCGCGGCGGCCCGGGAUGCGGCAGAGAAGGCGCGGGGCAAGCAGGCGGCCCUCUCCUUCGCCGCCAUGGCCGUCCUGGUGGGACUGCCCCUCUGGUGGAAGACGACCGAGACGUACCGGGCGGCGCUGCCCGACUCCGAGAUCGCCGAGCUGGACGCGCUUCUGUUCCAGCUGACGGUGCCCGUCUCGGUGGUGUUUGCCAAAGGAGUCCUCCCGAAGGAGCAGGAGCGCAAGGUCCCCUUCGGGCAGGUGCAGGAGAUGGAGAUCCCCGUGAAUGCCAAGACAGGUGUGAUCGCUCGCUACGACCUUUCCUUUCGCCUCGCCACUUCCCCGGAGCAGGCCUUCCUGUCGCUGGCCUCCGUCCAAGAGGCAGACAAGGGGCUGCAGCCGGCGGAAGGCCUGCCAGUGGGCUCCCUCGCCAUCUACGUGGUCCCCUCCAGCUCUCCUCUCCUGCCCCAGGGGACGGAGAUGUACGUGGGGAAGCACCGGAGCGCCAUCCUCAGGGCCCCCCCGGGGGCCAAGGACGUGCUGGGGGCCCUGACUGAGCGGCUGCAGCAGCUGAUCCAGGCCGUGUCCUUCACCCCCGAGACCCUCGUGGAGGCCCUGGCCGACCGGGUCCCGCUGGGCCAGCCGGGGGCCGAGUGGAAGCGCCCCUUCAAGUCCAGCUUCGGCUACGAGAUCACUUUCAGUUUGCUGAACCCGGACCCCAAAGCCCACGACGUGCACUGGGACAUCGAGGGAGCCCUCCGGCGCUACGUGAAGCCCCUGCUGGAGAAGCUGAGCCCCCUGGCCGAAUUUUCGGUGGACUCCCAAAUCCUUUACUACGCAGCGCUGGGAGUCACGCCCCGCUUUGACCCCGCCACCGCCAGCUACACCCUGAGCGUGCAGAGUCUCCCCCACGUCAUUAACCCCGUGGAGGCCCGGCUGGGGUCCAGCGCUGCUUCGCUCUAUCCGGUCCUCAACUUCCUCCUCUACGUCCCCGAGCGGCUGCAUUCGCCCCUCUACAUCCGGGGCAAGGAGGGGGCCGCGGUGCCCACCAACGCCUUCCACAGUCCCCGCUGGGGAGGGAUCAUGGUCUACAAUCUUGAGCCUGGCGCUGCCAACGAGACCUCCUUGCCCAGGAGGGUGGAGGUGGACAUGGUGCGCACGAUGGAGGUCUUCCUGGCCCAGCUGCGAUUACUGUUCGGCAUCUCCUCCGGCCCACUGCCAGGAGGGGCUUUGCUGGAGACCCCCGGGAACGAGGGCCUGACGGACUGGGAGCUGGACCGCCUGCUGUGGACCCGCACGGUGGAAAACGUGGCCACCGUCUCCACCACGCUGACCUCGCUGGCUCAGCUUCUGGACAAGAUCAGCAACAUUGUCAUCAAGGACGACGUGGCCUCUGAGGUCUACCACGCCGUGGAGUCUGCCCGGCAGGCGAUGACGGAGCUCAGCCUGGGUCACCUGGACUCGGCGUUCCAGGCCAGCAAGGCUGCGGCCACCUCCUCUGAGCGGGCCUUCUUCGACCCCUCCCUCCUGCACCUGCUCUACUUUCCCGACGACCAGAAGUUCGCCAUCUACAUCCCGCUCUUCCUGCCCAUGGCCGUGCCCAUCCUGCUCUCGCUGAUGAAGAUGGCUUGGGAGAGGAAGCAGCGCCAGAAGGAGUCCGCCAAGAUGGACUGAGGGGGCUUCUGGACACCCAGGCAGGGGGCGGACUCUUGGCCGGGCAGCUGCCCCUAACGGUGGUAGGUCCGGCCAGCACGACGGACUCCCCGUUGAGGAGAGGAGCUGCCGUUUCCACUUGGCUCCUCCUUCAAAAGAGCACGUCCCUUUCGCUGCGAACGAGCCCAAAGGACUUCGGAAGCUCUCCUGAUGGCUGGCCAGGCUGGACGACUGGGGGAUCGCUGCACGGUGUGUGUG